CUCCUCGGGGGCUUAUAAUAUCCCUAUAUGUUACAAUAGGGGGUACUUUAUUCACUAUAUAAUGUGCAUCCCUUUGGAACAUGUAGGAUAUAGAUGCACAGAAGGGGUUGGGAUGAUAUGGGGGAGGAUCUCUAGAGCCAGGAUCAUAUUUUGGGAUAUAGAAUGAUGAGGAACACCAAGCUAUCCACUGGGUUGGAAGUGUGAGCUAAAAGGACAACCACUAAGCUCUUUAUAGUUGAAUAUCAUUUACCAUUGUUAUGUGGUAUUUGUCAUUAGUGAUACUGACUAUAAUAUUCAUUCCUUUCAUAUGUUUAACUAACACAGGUGGGUAACUAGUGGGCCAUUAGGACUUUAUCAUACAACAUUGGGGGUAAAUAGACUGCAGGGAAAGACAAACUGUUGUACAAUAUAAUAGUAUUAAUGGAACAGCAAGCUGGAUUAGGUUAUGGAUGCAAAAACAUUUUUAACCUUUGUUUCUCUUUUUUUCUCCCACAGAUCUGAAAGGAAUUCCCGCGCAAGACGCCAUAGAAUCAGGAUGGCUUUCAGCUGUCCUAUUCUAUGGCUUAUUGUAUAUGGAUUAUUUUUCUUUUUGAUUUAUUCAACAUCAUCUUUUGAGAUUACAUCAACUACAGACGUAGAAGAAAAGGGAAUAUUCUGGAAAGCACUGGAUUUACCCAGUAUUAGGACCAAGCGAGAUGUCCACACUGUCAGUACCGACACUCUGAGAUAUCUUAUCCCAGUAGUUGUUCUGGCGGUACUGGCAGCCUUGGGAAUCAUUGGAUGGAUUCUGUUCUACCUCGAGAGGAGAAAGAUGAUACUGAAAUUACAGGCUUUUGAUGAAGAGAAUCCUCCAGAAGAGAAACCAAUAGAGCCAAAGAGGAAAAAGCUUAAAAAAGUUUCUAAACGCAAACAAAAGGCUGCUGAGCGAGAUAUUGAAGCGCAACUUGAGGAAGAAGAAGAGGAGGAAGAAAUAGGCGAUGAGCCUAUAGAACCUCCAAAGAAAUUAAAGAAGAAAAAGCCUAAAAAAGUUGCUAAAUGGAAACAAAAGGCUGCUGAGCGAGAUGUGGAAGUGCAGCUUGAGGAAGAAGAAGAAGAGGAGGAGGAAGAAAUAGGUGAUGAGCCUAUUGAACCUCCUAAGAAAUUAAAGAAGAAAAAGCCUAAAAAAGUUGCUAAACGGAAACAAAAGGCUGCUGAGCGAGAUGUGGAAGCGCAGCUUGAGGAAGAAGAAGAAGAGGAGGAGGAAGAAAUAGGUGAUGAGCCUAUUGAACCUCCUAAGAAAUUAAAGAAGAAAAAGCCUAAAAAAGUUGCUAAACGGAAACAAAAGGCUGCUGAGCGAGAUGUGGAAGCGCAGCUUGAGGAAGAAGAAGAAGAGGAGGAGGAAGAAAUAGGUGAUGAGCCUAUAGAACCUCCUAAGAAAUUAAAAAAGAAAAAGCCUAAAAAACAGAAAAAGAUUAAGAAAGUUGUCGAAAGUGACGAGGCUGCUGAACUAGAGGAGGAAGAGCAGCUUGAGGAGGAAGAAGAAGAAGAACCUCCUAAGAAAUUAAAGAAGAAAAAGGCUAAAAAACACAAAGCGUGAGUUUUUAACUGAUCUUCCUUUCAAUUGCCUGAGCCCCGGGCCCCGUCUGGCACAAUGGAGACCUUAUAACUUUAAUAAUUAUUAUCUGCCAGAUGUGUAAACUUUAUUAUUUCAAAUUAAUUAUCUAUAUAAAAAUAUUGUUCUGACUAAACUUUC